UACUUUUGAAGACUAUAAACAUAAAAGUGUUUAUAAGUUGUUUGUUUGAUUAUAAGAAAAUAGUUGUAAUUUUCUUAUGAUUUUAUGUUAUUUUUAUAUUUGACAGAAUUUAAAGUAUAUACAGUAUGUGCAUUCAAAUUUUCUUUCUGAGUUAUUUUUAGCAAAUCUCGCAUUUUUAAAAGUAAAUUAAGAAAUUCAACUCUGCAACGUAUUGGCGAAUACAUACCCUCUCCACAUUAUACAUCCCUUGGAAUCCAUCCCUCAGCAAUGUCGGAACUAAGACUGGAUGGCAAGAUCGUAAUUAUAACAGGCGGAGCCAGCGGUAUCGGAGCCGAAGCGGCUAGGCUAUUCACCGACCAGGGAGCUAAAGUGGUCAUAGUCGAUAUACAAGAGGAGCUAGGCCGAAACGUCGCCGUUUCGAUCGGGAAAGAGAAAGCCACUUUCUACCGUUGCGACAUAACAGAGGAGACACAAGUGGAGAACGCCGUCAAGUUCACCGUCGAGAAGCACGGAAAGCUCGACGUUCUUUUCAGCAACGCCGGCAUAUUGGACCCGCGGGGAAGCAUCCUCGACUUGGAUCUUGACCGGUUCGACCGCAUCAUGGCGGUUAACGUUCGCGGCGCGGCUGCGUUUAUCAAACACGCGGCGCGUGUGAUGGUGGAGAAAGGUACGCGUGGGUCUAUCGUGUGUACGACGAGUGUCUCGUCGGAGAUUGGUGGCGGGAGACGCCACGGGUACACGGCGUCUAAACAUGGACUGCUCGGGCUGAUCAGAACGGCGUGUGGAGAGCUGGGGAAGUAUGGGAUUAGAGUCAACGGUGUCGCACCGUACGCGCUGGCGACGCCGUUGACUAGCCAUGACGAGGAAACGGCGAGGCAGGUGGAGGAAGAAUUUGCGGCCAAGGGGGUUCUCAAGGGUGUGGUGCUUAACGCUCGCCACGUGGCGCAAGUGGCUCUGUUUUUGGCUUCUGAUGAGUCGGUUUAUGUCAGUGGUCAAAAUUUGGCGGUGGAUGGAGGUUAUAGUAUGUGUCGUUCAGUCAAUGUUCAAAUUUAGAGAAACAAAGAUAAUAUAAUAAUUGAAUCAGUAAAAAAAAAAGGAUAAUAAUUGAAACGGGGUGCACCAAAGAAAAAUAUAAUAAUUGAAACGUGGAAACUCUUGUCAUUUUACUCUUUUUUUUUUG